GGAGGGACUUCCCGCACACAAAUGACGUAAGUUAGAGGGUUAAGAGAGUUUUAAUCACUGCGCAUUUCACGGAGUUCUUAUAUCAAGGACGUGAAAUUAACUUAGUCCACAAAACGGACCAUCUGUAUUGGGAAAUCUUAAAAUAAAGGGGCUUGAUCAGGAUUCAAAAUGGCAGUUGAAGGAGGGGCCAAGUGCAUUAAGUACCUACUUUUCUUUUUCAACUUCCUCUUCUGGAUAUGUGGCCUGGCUCUCAUUGUGCUGGGGGUCCUGGCUCAGAUGGCCCUGAAUAACACUCUUGUGAUUAACCACGCGUCCGGUUCAGCCGUACCCCUAAUCCUCAUCGCGGUGGGUGUGAUCAUCUUCUUCAUCGCCUUCUUUGGGUGCUGUGGGGCCUGGAAGGAGAACCACUGCAUGGUCACCACGUUCUCUGUCCUCCUCUGUUUCAUCGUCAUGAUUGAGAUUGGAGCUGCCAUUGCUGGUUAUAUCUAUAGGGGCCAACUAAAUGAUAUUGUAGAUUCCAGCUUCAAAGAUAUGGUUAAGAAGUACAACAGUAGCUCUGAGGAUAUCAAGAAAGCUGUGGACAACAUGCAGAUGGAACUGCAUUGCUGUGGGGUGAAUUCAUCUGCUGACUGGGCAGACUUCAUGCCUGAUCAGAAGUCUGUUCCCGAGUCCUGCUGUAAGAAACAGACUCAGGGCUGUGGAAAUGGAGCCAUGCAAGACGCGGACAAAGUGUACCAAAAGGGAUGCCUCCUGACUGUCAAAGAACUGUUGAAGAACAAUGUGAAGCUGGUCAUAGUAGCAGCUGUGGUGAUCGCUUUCUUGCAGGUCACAGGGAUCGUGUUUGCCUGCCUGCUGAUGAAGAGCAUUCGCAGUGGCUAUGAGGUCAUGUGACCAGGCAGCACCAUCCAGUGACACACAACACUCUUAUUUUGUUUUAAUUUUGUUUUUAAAUAAUGCCUUUUGAGUUUUUCUUGUUUCCUUUGUUGUACCAUAAAACAUAACAAUGUAAGAACAAACAGUUUGUAUUUGGAAAGCGAAGGAGUAAUGUGUAGUUUUUUCAUUAAUCCAGUUGGUGAAUAGCUGAGUAGGGAAAUGGGUCUAGGCCAAAAUUCUCUCUUUUAUUCUCUUCAGACUAGUCUCCUGUGUGUUAAAUUGAACGCUGUGAUUCUUAAUUGUUUCUCAGGUCCCUCGGGUGCCUGGUACUGUUGGAAUAACCAUGUUGCAGUAAAUGUUUCAGUUUAAAACAUCAAGUCACAUUAUGAGCAGAGAUCUUUUCACACUGCUGUCCUAACAGAAACCACCCUCACUGUAUAAGAAAUGUUAUGCACAUAAUCCCUGUUCUUAAGCUUUCUGUACAAGUAAAUAAAACCAUCAAACGUGA